GGCGGUGCGCUCCUGCACGCACCACGUGGGGACGGCGCCGCGGGUACAGUGAGCGUGAGGCCCCUCCGACACGGGCACCGAUGGCCGAUCGCCCGCAAGACGCUCCCGAGCACUGCCCUGGAACAAGCAGCGAGCAGGCCGGGAAGGUGUCGGCCUGCCAAGGAUGCCCCAACCAGACAGUGUGUGCAUCUGGCGUGACGAAGGCUCCAGAUCCAGCGAUUAAAGAAAUAAAGGAGAGGUUGGCCUCUGUGAAGUACAAGGUGCUGGUGCUGUCGGGAAAAGGCGGCGUGGGAAAGAGCACCUUCAGCACUCAGCUGGCUCGUGGCAUUGCGGAGGACAAAACCAAACAGGUUGCUCUGUUGGACAUUGACAUCUGCGGUCCAUCUAUUCCAAGAAUCAUGGGGCUGCAAGGCCAUCAGGUUCAUCAGAGUGGCGCGGGCUGGUCUCUUGUGUAUGUUCAGGAGAAUUUAGGUGUCAUGUCGGUGGGGUUCCUGCUCAGCAGCCCCAAUGAUGCUGUGAUAUGGCGCGGACCAAAAAAGAAUGGCCUCAUCAAGCAGUUCCUGCGGGACGUGAACUGGGGCACCGUAGACUACCUUGUGGUGGACACUCCGCCGGGCACCUCGGAUGAGCACCUGUCCAUCGUUCAGUAUCUGAGUGAAACGAACCUUGACGGGGCAGUGAUCAUCACCACGCCACAGGAGGUGUCUUUGCAAGAUGUCCGCAAGGAGAUCAACUUCUGCAGGAAAGUGAACCUCCCAAUCAUCGGCGUCGUAGAGAACAUGAGUGGCUUCAUCUGCCCAAAGUGCAAGAACGAGUCGCAGAUUUUCCCGCCCAGCACGGGAGGCGCCGUGGAAAUGUGCCGCAGCAUGAACGUGCCUUUCCUGGCGAAGCUUCCCCUCGACCCACGGCUAGGGCGAUGCUGCGACGAGGGAAAGUCUUUUGUCGCAGAGGUCCCCGACUCAGCGGCGGCGUUGGCUUUCCGAGAGAUAAUCCAAAAGAUUCAGGAAUAUUGCACAUCCAUCAAAAUGAAUAACGACUGAAGCAAGAACUCUGCACUGUGUGCGAAGCCAGUGAUAGCUGCUGUUGAAGACACGUGGAUUUUUUUUCCACUCACAGAAAAUGUGUUUAUUGCAAAUGGUAACAUUCCAAAAUUACAAGAAUGCAAAUGUUUAUUUUAUCAUCGUCACGUCUUUGAAAAAUUGUUGCAUAGAUGCAAUAAAUUAUUUCUGAUUCUGCAGUCGCAGUUUCAAAAUA